AGAGAAAAGAGAAUCCAACUCAAAUCAGUUUUUCUCCUCCAUCUUUCUGAUUUUCUCUCUAUUCUUUUGCUACCGAAAUGGACGUUGCGCAUUUCUUGUUUGGGAUUUUUGGAAACGCUACUGCUUUAUUUCUCUUCCUGGCUCCGACAAUUACAUUUCGAAGAAUCAUAAGGAGCAAAUCGACGGAGGAGUUUUCAGGCAUUCCAUACGUCAUGACCUUGCUCAACUGCCUCCUCUCCGCAUGGUACGGUCUGCCGUUUGUAUCACCGAACAAUAUCCUGGUCAGCACGAUCAACGGCACAGGUGCGGUGAUAGAGUCAGUAUACGCUUUGAUCUUCAUCAUAUAUGCGCCUAAGAAGGUGAAGGCAAAGAUCCUAGGGCUCUUCACCUUCGUUCUCACCGUCUUUGCUGCUAUCGCCCUCGUUUCCAUCGUUGCCCUCCAUGGCCACACCAGGAAGCUCUUCUGUGGCCUUGCAGCCACCAUCUUCUCUAUCGUAAUGUACGCCUCGCCUCUAUCCAUCAUGAGACUGGUAAUCAAGACCAAGAGCGUGGAGUACAUGCCCUUCUUCUUGUCUCUGUUCUGCUUCCUCUGCGGAACUUCUUGGUUCAUCUUUGGCCUUCUUGGCCACGACCCUUUCGUCGCUGUGCCAAAUGGUUUCGGGUCGGCUUUGGGGACAUUACAGCUGAUACUGUAUGCGAUAUACCGGAACAACAAAAGCGGAGGAGGAGCGGCGAAGACAUCGAAAACCACCACUGUUGAUGAAUCUGUGGAGAUGGGCAACGGAAAAGCCCACCAGCAAGAGAAGCAACUUCAGCCUACAGCGCCACCUCAGGACGGCUUCGUUUAG